GUCUGCGCUAUGUUUGCCAAUAAAGUUUUUGAAGCCAGCCAAGAUGGCGGACUACGACUUGACAACCAAGAUAGCACAUUUUCUGGACCGGCAUUUGGUUUUUCCUCUUUUGGAAUUUUUGUCCGUAAAAGAGAUCUACAAUGAAAAGGAGCUUCUUCAGGGGAAGCUGGACCUCCUCAGUGAGACAAACAUGGUGGAUUUCGCCAUGGAUGUGUACAAAAACCUGUACGCGGACAAAGAAAUCCCACACUCUCUGAGGGAGAAGAGGAGUACUGUCGUGGCCCAACUAAAGCAGCUCCAGUCAGAGACGGAGCCAAUUGUCAAGAUGUUUGAAGACCCAGAGACCACCCGACAGAUGCAGUCCACAAGAGAUGGGAGGAUGCUCUUCGACUAUCUUUCAGAGAAACACAAUUUUCGUCAAGAAUACCUGGACACUCUGUAUAGGUACGCCAAAUUCCAGUACGAGUGUGGUAACUACUCUGGGGCUGCAGAGUACCUCUACUUCUUCCGUGUCCUGGUUCCUGCAACAGACAGGAAUGCCUUGAGCUCUCUGUGGGGGAAACUGGCCUCUGAGAUCCUCAUGCAGAACUGGGAAGCAGCCAUGGAGGAUCUCACUCGACUCAGGGAGACCAUUGAUAACAAUUCUGUAAGCUCUCCUCUCCAGUCGCUCCAGCAGAGGACCUGGCUCAUCCACUGGUCCCUCUUUGUGUUCUUCAACCACCCUAAGGGCAGAGACAACAUCAUAGAGCUCUUCCUCUAUCAGCCCCAGUACCUGAACGCCAUCCAGACAAUGUGCCCACACAUUCUGCGGUACCUUACAACGGCAGUCAUCACCAACAAAGAUGUGCGAAAGCGCAGGCAAGUGCUCAAGGACUUGGUGAAAGUCAUUCAACAGGAGUCGUACACAUACAAGGACCCAAUUACAGAGUUUGUGGAGUGUCUCUAUGUGAACUUCGACUUUGACAGCGCCCAGAAGAAGCUGAGGGAAUGUGAGUCGGUUCUUGUCAACGACUUCUUCCUGGUCGCUUGCCUCGAGGAUUUCAUCGAGAAUGCCCGUCUCUUCAUCUUUGAGACUUUUUGUCGGAUCCAUCAGUGUAUCAGCAUCAGCAUGCUGGCAGACAAGCUCAACAUGACGCCCGAGGAGGCGGAGAGGUGGAUCGUCAACCUCAUCCGUAAUGCCAGGCUUGAUGCCAAGCUUGACUCCAAACUGGGUCAUGUGGUGAUGGGAAACAACGCAGUGUCGCCGUACCAGCAGGUGAUCGAGAAGACCAAGAGCCUGUCCUUUCGUAGCCAGAUGUUGGCAAUGAACAUUGAGAAGAAGGUGGCCCACAGCAACAGGAAUGAGACACCAAACUGGGCUGCUCAAGACACCGGCUUCUAUUAAAAUGGAAAUCAGUAUCAAGAGGAUGCGGAUGGUUCUUGUGGAUAUUAUUAAAGCUUUUUAAUGUAUUUAUGAAUUCAUCAGUUACCCACUAUUGUCAUUUAACUUAACUUAACUUAACAGCUGCGAUACAAAAUAUCCAGCAGGAGGCAGCGAGGCUUGAAGAGGUUCUUUUCACAUAUUAUUUAUAUUAAGUGGGUCCUUUUCUCUUUAACAUAACUUACUUGAAAUCUAGUAUUACUUUGUAUUAGUUUGAUUUUGAGGUGAAGUGGUCAUGUUUCAAUUAUUCACCCAAAGUUUGGAGGUAAAGAUUGAACUAAAAAUGUAAUAAAUUAACAUUAAACAUUUAUC